AUGGAGAAUACUAGUAAUUGUGGUGCUAUGCGUACCAUUUCCCACAACACUGCGUGCCAUAGAAACGUGGACUAUGAGUACGACAAUGAUGUGGACCCACAGCUGAACGAUAAGGGCGGCGAUAAUAGUCAAGUGGUGGCGGCCGACGACACGUUUACGACUCGAUGCAAAUCAAACCCACGGGACUAUUGGAGGGUUUGUUCACAAGCCUCGGCCGUUAUGUCCCCGAGUGGUAAACAAUACGUAGAGAUUGAGAAGGAGUGUAAUGUCAAGAAUAAGGAUAUUAAACGCAAUGACGAAUCAACGGACGGCACAAGUUUUGACCGCAAACUUGUCAUAAAACAAUCGUUGUUAAUAUUCUCAGCCAUCAGUAACACCAAGUUGUUAUUCAAGAAAAAUCCGAAACAUUUGAACACAAUUAGCACAAUAUUACUAAUGUUUAUAUCGUUGGAAUUGUUGGGCCGAUCGUACGUUCAGCCCGUGUUUUACAAUAACAUAGGCCUCAGGCGACAAAAUACGGGCAUAACUAAGGAGUUCUCAACCGCUAAAAAGUUCUUUUGGCUCAGAAACAGCUCGUAUUCGAUGUCUAUAUUUAUUCUGAUGAGUGCAAUAGUUUUGGCGUACAGUUGA